CGAGGUCACCGUCUGUAUGGCCGCUACUGGCUCUGGGAAGACCACUCAGAUUCCACAACUCAUCCUGGAUGAUUACAUCGACAGAGGGGAAGGGGCGAAAUGUAACAUCAUCUGUACCCAGCCCCGCCGUCUUGCUGCGAUCAGUGUUGCUGAACGUGUAGCCAAAGAACGCGGAGAAAUCACUGGGAAGGGGUCUGUUGGAUACCAGGUCCGGUUUGAGGCAAAGCUACCUGAGGAUCAUGGUUCUAUCACUUUCUGCACUACAGGCAUCUUCUUGAGACGGAUGCAGACGGCUUUGCUUGAAGGCGGAAUGUCAGGCGGUGUAAACCUGGAUGAUGUGACCCAUGUGGUGGUAGACGAGGUGCACGAGCGGGAUGUCGAUACAGACCUCCUACUGGUCGUCCUUAAACGCUUGCUGGCCGACCGGAAGGCGAGGGGAAAACCGAUCAAAGUGGUGCUCAUGAGCGCUACUAUUGACCCCACUCUUUUCCAGAAAUAUUUCCCAGAUGACAAUGGGCUUCCAGCAGGCGUAAUCGACAUACCUGGUCGCUCCUUCCCUGUUCAAAAGCACUACCUUAACGAUUUUGUGCAAGAAUUGGCCGCGGACCCGAGCACGAAGGCGGUCUUCUCCGACGACUCUGUGUCCAGAUAUCUACAGCAAGAGUUGGGCGAUGAAUAUGCAGCUUUAGUAGGUGAUCGUUGGAGAGGAAACCGUGACAUUGACAUCACGAAGGAUCAAGACUUGGAGCUACCUUAUCUGUUCAUCGCCCUGACGAUCACUCACAUCAUAAAGCAGUCCAGCGACGGGCAUGUUCUUGUGUUUUUGCCAGGAUGGGACGAGAUUCAGGCUGUCCAACGUGUCCUUUACGAGCGGCCUCUCGGGCUCAAUAUCAAAGAUUCUAGUAAAUUUGCUCUCCACCUGCUACACUCCACAAUCCCUCUCGCUGAACAACAAGCGAUCUUCGAACCUCCGCCCGCAGGCGUCCGCCGUAUCAUACUUUCCACGAACAUUGCCGAAACAUCUGUGACCAUUCCGGACGUUGUAUAUGUUGUCGACACGGGCAAGAUUAAAGAGCAGAGGUAUGAUCCUCAGCGCCACAUGUCUUCUCUCGUCUCCGCCUGGGUUGGUACGUCGAAUCUCAAUCAGCGCGCAGGGCGUGCCGGACGACACCGGUCUGGAGAGUACUACGGCAUUUUGGGUCGCAAGAGAGUCGAUGCUCUGCAUACUCAUCAAACUGUGGAGAUGAAGCGUGUCGACUUGACCAAUGUCGUCAUGCAUGUCAAGGCUCUAGAGUUCCCCGGCAUGGCUGUGGAAGAUGUUUUGGCUGCUACCAUAGAACCGCCUGCCGCUGAACGCGUAACGGCGGCUAUGAAGGAUCUGCAGGUCGUAGGAGCUAUCGAUGAAAACCAGAAUCUAACAUCACUGGGGCGUGUACUGCUUCAGCUUCCGGUGGAGGUGCAGGUUGGUAGAUUGGUGCUAUACGGUAGUUUCUUCCGUUGCCUCGAUCAGGCCUUGACCCUCGCAGCGAUCUUGACAAACCGUGACCCAUUCGUCUCGCCAAUGCACCUCAAGGUUCAAGCGGCGGCGGUGAAAAAUUCAUGGAGCCCGGACGAGUUCAGGUCUGACACUCUUGCCGCCCUGUGUGCAUACAAUGCUUGGUGGGCUCUGCAGAGCAACGGCGAGUACGUGUCCGCUAACAGGUUCUGUUCGGACAACUUCUUGUCCAAGCCGACCCUGCUUCUCAUCGAGAAGAUCAAAAAACAUCUUCUAAGCGCUUUAGAAAAUGUCGGAGUGAUCGAUGUUUCAGGAGGCGGGCGUGUCGAACGGUUUGGAGGAAGAAGAAGAGACGUUGUCGUCCCUCCGGAGCUGAACACGAACGGCAAUUCUCACCCUCUGCUCGCAGCCCUUAUCGCUAUUGCCACGCAGCCCAAUUUCGCCAUCAGGACUGGAGAGAAAACUUUCCGCACCCAACAGGAUAAGAUGACCUUCAUCCACCCGUCCAGUGUAAAUCACCGCAAACGCGAGCUCCCUUCAGCACAGGGUAAUCACUCCGAAAAAAUGCUCAUCGCAUUUGCGGAAAAACGUCAGAACAUAUCUGCAGCCGGCGCAAAUUCGAGCACUGCCCAGAUGUCCCUCGUCACUACAACGAGAUUGGAUCCGAUGACAUAUGUCCUCUUUGGGGCUUAUCGUACUUCUGUUACCGAGCGAGGGCUGGAGUGCGAUGACUGGUUGCCCGUUGUAGGCAAUAUCUACGCGCUGGACGAUAUCCAGCGCCUCAAAACGAUGAUGGAGGGCUGCAUGUUGCGGGUAUUCGAAGGCAUCUUGAUGAACAAACGCCGUCAUUCCCGCACAAAUAUUCCUAUUGCCCCUCGGGAAGAGGAGGAAUCCGGGGACGAGGAAGAUGCUGCGCAGUCCAAGGACUACUCACUCUCGACAAACGAGGUCAAGGAACUUGACUAUCUAACAAGAGACAUCGUCGGGAUAUUGAAUCGAUACGCCGACGAACGCGUUGCGAGUCAGUCGAGGAGUAACUCAAGACCAGCUACUCCGAUGGGGUCGCCUUCUUUUGGUUCGACGCUACUUCCUCCACGCUCGGGUACAUCUACUCCUUACGGUAUACGAUCAGCCUACAGCUCGAGACCAAGCACACCAAGCCGGCUGGGGAGAUCGAUAUAGAUUGUCUCGCCACCGAUUUGUAACAUACACAUGUCCUUCCCCACUCUUACAUGUAAUUUCUCUACCGUCUUAUUACUCUACAGCUCUCUGCCGCAAAUCGACAAGCGGACAUGAACAUUCAUCAUGUCCCCUUAUCGUUAAAAUAAUGAACAUUUAUUGCUAC